CUUGGUAUGUGCCAUGUCUAGCUUCACUUGAGACCCUCCAAGAAUUAUGUAGGAAGGAAAAUCUCAGAUGUAAAUCCAUUGGAAUCACCAACAGGAGUCUAAAGAGUUAUGAGGUGGAAUAUUUGUGUGACUACAAGGUAGAAGAGGGCACAGAAUACUAUCUUGUGAAAUGGAAAGGAUGGCCAGAAUCUUCAAAUACUUGGGAACCUCAGAAAAAUCUGAAAUGCCCAUUGCUUCUUCAAAACUUUCUUAGUGACAAGAAUGAAUACUUGUCUCGGGUGAGAGAAGGCAAAGCGCUGAAAGUGAGAAACCAUACUAAAGCUUUAAAACCUGCUGUUGCAGAUUACAUUGUAAAGAAGGCUAAGCAAAGAAUAGCACUGCAGAGAUGGAAAGAAGAACUCAACAGGAAAAAGAAUCAUAAGGCAAUGAUUCUGGUAGAAAACACUGUGGAUCUUGAAGGCCCUCCUUUAGACUUUUACUACAUUAAUGAGUAUAAACCUGCUCCGGGAAUCAAUGUAAUAAAUGGAAUAACGACCGGCUGUGAGUGUGCUGACUGCCCUGCUGAGAAGUGCUGUCCAAAGGAGGCUGGAUUUAUUUUGGCUUACAAUAAACAAAAGAAGUUGAAAAUCCAGCCCGGCUUGCCCAUCUAUGAAUGCAAUUCGUUUUGUAGGUGUGGGCCUGACUGCCCAAAUAGGAUAGUACAGAAGGGUACACCGUAUUCUCUUUGCAUCUUCAGAACUAACAAUGGCCGUGGCUGGGGAGUAAAAACCCUCCAGAAAAUUAGAACCAACAGUUUUGUGAUGGAGUAUGUUGGAGAGGUGAUUACAAGUGAGGAAGCAGAGAGACGGGGCAGGCUCUAUGACAACCAGGGAAAUACAUACUUGUUUGAUUUGGACUAUGACUCAGAUGAAUUUACAGUAGAUGCAGCUCGAUAUGGAAAUGUGUCCCACUUCGUGAAUCACAGUUGUGAUCCAAAUCUUCAGGUCUUCAACGUGUUUAUUGAUAACCUCGAUCUGCGUCUUCCUCGAAUAGCGCUGUUCUCUACACGAACCAUCAAGGCUGGAGAGGAGCUAACCUUUGACUAUCAGAUGAAAGGCUCAAUAGAUCUGACUUCAGACUCUGCUGAUGGUCUUAGCUCAUCCAGAAAGAGGAUCAGAACUGUCUGUAAAUGUGGAGCUGUGUGCUGCAGAGGUUACCUCAACUGAGUUCGGGUAUCCAAAGUCACAAAUACUUUGUUCUAUUUCACAUGUGGUUUAGGAAGACUCUCACACAUAGAUUCUAGUAUUCUUGCAUCUAAUGUAAAUACCUACACUGAAAACAAG